AGUCUCCUGUAGCGGUCACUGGGGCGCGAAGACUGUUGUGUGAACGCUCUCUGACAAUGCUGUCCCGGGUGGUACUUUCUGCCGUCACCGCAGCAGCUCCCUCUCUGAAGAACGCAGCCCUCCUCGGUCCAGGGGUAUUGCAGGCAACAAGGAUCUUUCACAAAGGGCAGCCAAGUCUUGCCCCUGUACCACCUCUUCCUGAAUAUGGAGGAAAAGUUCGUUUUGGGCUGAUCCCUGAGGAAUUUUUCCAGUUCCUUUAUCCUAAAACUGGUGUAACAGGACCCUACGUGCUCGGAACUGGGCUUAUCUUAUAUUUACUCUCCAAAGAAAUAUAUGUGAUAACUGCAGAGACCUUCUCUGCCAUUUCAGCAAUAGGGGUGCUUAUCUAUGUAGUUAAAAAAUAUGGUGCCUCUAUUGGUGAAUUUGCUGAUAAACUCAAUGAGCAAAAAAUUGCCGAACUGGAAGAAGUGAAACAGGCUUCCAUCAGACAAAUCCAAGAUGCAAUUGAUCUGGAGAAGUCACAUCAGGCACUGGUUCAAAAGCGCCAUUACCUUUUUGAUGUCCAGAGGAAUAACAUUGUCAUGGCUUUGGAAGUUGCUUACCGGGAACGACUGCAUAGAGUAUACAAGGAGGUAAAGAAUCGCCUGGACUAUCACAUCUCUGUGCAGAAUAUGACACGUCAGAAGGAACAAGAGCACAUGAUAAACUGGGUGGAGAAGAACGUGGUACAGAGCAUCUCUGCGCAGCAGGAGAAGGAGACAAUUGCCAAGUGCAUUGCAGAUCUAAAGCUGCUUGCAAAGAAGGCUCAAGCACAGCCAGUUCUGUAAAUGCAUCUGUCCCAAUUGAGACAGCUAGAAACAGUUGACUGACUAAAUGGAAACUAGUCUAUGUGACAAAAUCUUUCUGUAUUGCUCUAUACUGAAGUUAGUUUCCCUUUCCUAAAAAUGAAAAGUUUGAGUUUCAUGUAAUGAGAGAAUUAAAACAAUCUAUUGGCCAGGAAGAUGUUUCUCUCAUCCUUCUUGCUCUGCAUUUUGAGUUGUUCCAUGAUCACUUUUGAAUAAGCAGUUUGCUUUGAAUAAAGUUUGGUACCUGACUAAAAAUUGUCAAGUUAGAGUUUAAAUUUGAAUUAAUUCAGCCAUCUUACAAUAAAGUGAUGGUUGAAACAAAGUUUUUCAAGAUGCAUAAUUUUCUGAAAUGUUAUUUCAACAUUAUAUGGGUAAAAUUAAAGAUGUCAUUGAGCUGAUAAUAUUGUUUAUAAGACUUAGUGGUAAGCUAUUUCUUGCUGACAGGUUAUGGAGAAUUUAAAACUUUUCAGUAUUCUUAAAAUAACUAAAGGAAAUCUUGUAUAUCAAAUUAUAUCAUUGACUUUAUUUUCAUUUUAGUAGUAUGUCAACAGAAAAUAUUAUGGACUCAAUGUGUCAUAAAAGCACUCUGAAGAAUCCAGCAGAUAGUUAGAAGAUUCUGCCCUUCCAUUGGUUUGUCUAUAUUUAAUUCUCCCAUACUUGUAUAAGGAUUUACUUGUAAACAGAUGGAUAACUUACAUAAUAGGAAAUAUUUGAAAAUACGUACCAUAUGGAUAAUUGCCAUAUUCAUUGACUUCCUAAGGUUUUAAUUAUAUAACAAUCAUUUAAGUCAGUAUUUAUUUGUUUAUUGAUGGCUAAUGUAUUCAUCUUAUAUAGAAAUCAGGCUGAUAUCAUUAUUAAGAUGUUACUUAAAGGAGAUUUUGAUAGGGUCAGCAGAGGUGUUCCAAAUUAUUCAUUAAACAAAGAAUUGCCGUGCUAAGCACAAUCCUGCACUGGUCAUACAGAUAAAAAGUUCCUACCUCAGGGAGUUAAAUAUCUACUGGAAAGGCAGUAAGAAUAUGUGAUACAGUACAGAUUUUAGGUGUUUUGAGAGUGUAAUGACAAGCACCAUUUUAGGUAGUCUCAAUAACCUCAUCAGUUUCCUUGUACAUAGCUGUAUCAGUCAGCAUUCAGUCAGAGAAGCAGAGCUACUAGGAUAUAUGUUUAUAGGUAAGGGAUUUGACUUUAUGCUGUCACGGGAGCUGGUUAAGCCAUCUCUGUAAGCUCUUAAUCUUUGUUUGUGAUGAAGGAGCUUGACGUGCAUGGAGCAGGCAUUUAAGAAGGGAAGGUGGAUGUGAGAUGGGAGCGGGUAGGAACAAGUGGAAAUAACAAGCACGGACUGAAACCCUUGUCAGUUUUUAUUACCUCAGAUCUUCAUGGUAUGAUUGUCCUGCAAAACCCCAAGCCUUCCUCACACACCUGGUCCAAAGGUUAGAGAAGCUGAAGGAUGACCCAGAGAAGGGUUGGGAAGUUAUAGGCCCAGCUACAAUUGGUGAGUUAACAGAUUAGCACCAGUAUGUAUAAGCCACAAAGUUGCUUCUUUGCAUUCGCAAAGGCAGCUAGGCUAGGCAUGAGGCUGUCAAAGUCCUCUGGCCAGUCACUUCAUAAUGAGAACAGUUUCAUCUGGGUCUCCUCAUAAGGCUGUCAGAUCCAAGCAGAGACUGACAGUGUGCCCCAUAGUCCCCAGAACCAGGGAGCCAGAUGAAUGACAUCCUGUACUCACAGCAACAAUUACAACAUGUUUGUAUGGAUAGCCAACACGAUGCUCUGACACCUGGACUUUACUGUUGCAGCCAGCUGUAGGGCAUAUGCUGCUCCUUUUGGACAAGGAUGUGCUGGAGGAGUUUGCUUACCUGUGCCCAAGGAGCAUGGUAUCACAACCCAAAGUGAAGCCAGUCAGGAAUGAAAAGGAGGUAAUAAGCUGAGCAGGUUUCCUAGAGGGGAAACGCCAGACUACAGCCCCAAAUCUUUACCUUCUGAAUACCAGAAAUUCAUUUCUAUGUGGUGGAUGUGGUUUGGUAUGUACAAAUUGGCUGCAUGGUAAUUGGUUGUGCAGUCUCAAGAGUAUCACAGUUAUAUUUUAAAUGUAUGGUAUGAAAAAGUUCGAUUGAUUUGAAGUAUUUUCGUAUUAGCAAAAGAAAUGGAUUACAUUUGUCAAUGAUAAAAGGGAAAUGUUGGGUUCUUUUGUCAUAAAUUUUGUAAUGACCGUAAAAAUAAUUUCUAAUCCAUGAUAACUAAUAAGAAUCUGAAGAUCAUUCCAUCAAGUGGUCAGUUAACUAAUUCACUGGCUAUUCUUAGCAUCAUUCAUGGUGGAAUAACCAGAUAUCUUUCCUGAUCUGCUGAAAUACGAAGUAGACAGUAUCACCUGUGAUGUAAUCUAGCCAGACGUAUUUAACCUGAAUCUCUCAGGACUUAAGAUGUAAAUUCCAAUUUCCAGGAAAUGCAGGAGAUAGAGGGACAUUAUAAAUGACACCAGGGGAAGUAAUUAAAUUAGGGAUUAUGCUUCCAUUUAUUGGGUCAUAGUGUUUUUCAUUAAAAUUUUUAAUGUUCUCUGUUAAGGUCCUGUACCUUUUUUUGUAAGAUUUAUUCUAAAGACUUUCUAUUCUUUAUUAAGAUUAUAAAACGUACCUGGCUUAAAAGUAAAUUUUCUGUUUGUUGGAGUAAGAAAAUUAAGAUUCAGAUUCCUGCAACUUUGUUGCUGAGGUUAAAUGCAAUUAACAUGCAAAAUGCUGUAACAUUUGCUUCCAGUAAUGGUAGACUAGGUAAUUCAGACCAACUCUCCUACUGAAGAAAUUUUUCGCAUCUGGUGAAAUAUAAAACAUAUCUUAAAAAUAUUAAAGCACCGGAUGGCCCUAGAGAUUGUCAUACUGAGUGAAAUAAGUCAGACAAAGACAAAUAUCAUAUGAUAUCGCUUAUAUGUGGAAUCUAAAAAAAUGGUACAAAUGAACCUAUUUACAAAACAGAAAUAGAGUCACAGAUGCAGAAAACAAACUUAUGGUUACCCAGGGGGAAAGUGUGGGGGAGAGGGGGGGAUAAAUUGGGAGGUUGGGAUUGACAUACACACACUACUAUAUAUAAAAUAGAUAACUAAUAAGAACCUACUAUGUAGCAUGGGGAACUCUACUCAAUACUUUGUAAUGGCCUAUAUGAGAAAAGAACCUAAAACGAGUGGCUAUAUGUAUAUGUAUAACUGAUUCACUGCUGUACACCUGAAGCUAAAAACACUGUAAAUCAACUAUACUCCAUUAAAAAUUUAAAAA